AUGACUAAGACUUUUUUAGUCUCAUUAAUUUCUUCAAAGUAUUUAAUUUCCUUAAUUAUUGCCCUUUUACUCCUCCUCUCCCCCUCAUAUUGCUCCAAUCAUUACACUUUCAGGGAUUUAACGGCGUCGGAGGAAAAAGCGAGGCUUGGUUCAACGCCGCCGAGCUGCCACAACAAGUGCAAUCAGUGCCACCCAUGCGCGGCGGUGCAAGUGCCCGCGCAGCCGAGUCGCAGCCGGGUCGACCCGGGUUCGGCCCAGGAAAAAUACCCGGACCCGUCAACGGGUAACAGGUACUCGAACUACAAGCCACUUGGAUGGAAGUGCACAUGCAAUGGCCACGAUUACAACCCUUAA